CACUUUCCUCUUCUUCAUUUUCUUCUUCGUUACUGCGAUUUCUCUGCUCUUCUUAACUCAGCAUUCUCUGAGUCUCUCUCUCUCUCUGUAGAUCUCUAUUAUUAUUAUUAUUAAAAGAAGAACAGCAAUGCAAAAAGCAACUGAAAACUCAGAUUCAUCAUAUUCAGCAUCAACACCAGCACCAUCAUUAUUAGCUAAAAAAGCAGAAAGACCGCCGCUUCUUAAAAGAUCCAAAACGUCAAUUUCCAACGACACUCACUUUCCCGGUCCGCUUUUCCCCGCCGUACGCCGCAUGUCCUCUUCUCCUCCUCCUCCUCAUACGCCUCCUUCACCUCUCUUUCCCGAUCUCCGUGUCUCCGUUACUAAGAACGAUGAUUCGUCGUCUUCAGCGAACGCUACUACUAGUAGUAGCAGUAGCAUUACAGAUAGUAGAGAUUGGGUGUAUCCUUCGUUUCUCGGACCUCACGUAGUAGCUGCGGGGGCUAAUCGAGUGACAGUGAAAGGUCGCCGUGGUAAGGUGGUGGAGGAGAGGAAGGGGACUGUAUCUAGGGAUUCGGUGAAAGAGGAGAAGAAAGAGAAGGUAGCGAGUCAAGUUUUAGUGACUCAGUCGGGUUCUUUGACUCAGUCUACUGCUACCGGUGUUAUAAGGAGCCGCACUAGUCGAGGAUUAUUCAAACAUUCUUUCGUCUUUUAUUUUCUUAUUUUCACAUGUAUAUUAUCUGUAUCUUGUUCAAUUCACUUGCGGAUUAAAGUCAGAAAGCUAGAGGAAGAGAAUAUAAACCUUCGUACAGCAUGUAGCAACCAAAGUGGUGUUGGUAAUAACAGCAUUGAAGUUUUGCAACUAGAAGAUGACAGCUCAUUUAAUUUCCAAAAUGGCGACAGUAGAGCUGUUGCUUUGUAUAGUGUGAUAUUCACACUCAUUAUGCCAUUUUUAUUCUACAAAUAUCUUGAUUAUCUUCCAGAAAUCAAGACACUCUCAAAAAGAACUAGAAAUAACAAGGAGGAGGUUCCUUUGAAGAAGAGGAUUGCAUAUAUGGUGGAUGUGUUUUUCUCUGUUUAUCCUUAUGCAAAGCUGCUGGCACUACUCUUUGCUACCAUAUUUCUGAUAGGAUUCGGCGGUUUGGCAUUGUAUGCAGUCAGUGAUGGUAGCUUUGCUGAAGCUCUUUGGCUCUCAUGGACAUUUGUAGCUGAUUCAGGAAAUCAUGCUGAUAGGAUUGGCACGGGGCCAAGAAUUGUUUCUGUCUCUAUAAGUUCAGGCGGAAUGCUGAUAUUUGCUAUGAUGCUUGGACUUGUUUCAGAUGCCAUCUCUGAGAAAGUAGAUUCACUGCGGAAAGGGAAGAGCGAAGUUAUUGAAAAGAAACAUAUUCUAAUUCUUGGAUGGAGUGACAAAUUGGGCUCACUUUUAAAGCAGCUAGCAAUAGCAAACAAGAGUAUAGGUGGCGGUGUUGUUGUAGUACUAGCAGAAAGAGAUAAAGAGGAAAUGGAAAUGGAUAUAGCUAAGCUAGAAUUCGACUUCAUGGGCACUUCUGUUAUCUGCAGAAGUGGCAGUCCUCUUAUUCUCGCUGACCUAAAGAAAGUUUCAGUUUCUAAAGCACGUGCUAUCAUUGUAUUGGCAUCUGAUGAAAAUGCUGAUCAGAGUGAUGCACAUGCUUUAAGGGUUGUUCUCAGCCUAACAGGUGUUAAAGAGGGUUUGAAGGGUCAUGUCGUUGUAGAGAUGAGUGAUGUUGACAAUGAACCUCUGGUGAAGCUUGUUGGAGGGGAACUCAUUGAAACAGUUGUGGCACAUGAUGUGAUCGGACGUCUGAUGAUCCAAUGUGCUCUGCAACCCGGGCUUGCACAGAUUUGGGAAGAUAUAUUAGGUUUUGAGAAUGCAGAAUUUUACAUCAAAAGGUGGCCUCAGUUAGAUGGUCUGCGAUUUGAAGAUGUGCUCAUUUCAUUUCCUGAUGCAAUUCCUUGUGGAGUUAAGCUUGCCGCAGAAGGUGGGAAGAUCAACUUAAAUCCAGAUGAUAGCUAUGUUCUAAAAGAAGGGGAUGAGAUUCUUGUCAUAGCUGAGGAUGAUGACACCUAUGCACCAGGUCCUCUUCCAAAGGUUCGCCGGGGUUCUUGUCCAAAACUAAUUGAUCCUCCAAAAUAUCCAGAGAAGAUACUUUUCUGUGGCUGGCGUCGUGACAUUGAUGACAUGAUAAUGUUUGAUUCUAUUUCUCAGGUUCUAGAGGAAUGCCUGGCUCCAGGUUCAGAACUCUGGAUGUUCAAUGAGGUUCCAGAAAAAGAAAGGGAAAAGAAGCUUACUGAUGGUGGACUUGAUACUUCUGGAUUGGAGAAUAUAAAACUUGUCCACCGCGAGGGAAAUGCAGUCAUCAGACGGCAUUUGGAUAGUCUCCCUCUAGAGACUUUUGAUUCUAUAUUAAUUCUUGCAGAUGAGUCACUAGAGGACUCUGUUGUGCAUUCUGACUCACGAUCUCUUGCGACCCUUCUUCUCAUACGAGACAUACAGUCCAAGCGUCUCCCUUAUAGAGAUACAAAGUCAAUGCCUUUGCGGCUUUCUGGAUUCUCUCAUAGCUCUUGGAUACGCGAAAUGCAGCAAGCUUCUGACAAAUCAAUAAUUAUCAGUGAAAUCUUGGAUUCUAGGACUAGAAACCUGGUUUCAGUCUCCAGAAUCAGUGAUUAUGUUCUAUCAAAUGAACUAGUAAGUAUGGCACUGGCAAUGGUGGCUGAAGACAAGCAAAUAAAUCGUGUUCUUGAGGAACUAUUUACAAAGGAGGGGAAUGAAAUGUGUAUUAAACCUGCAGAGUUCUACCUAUUUGACCAGGAAGAGCUUUGUUUUUAUGAGAUAAUGAUCAGGGGUCGUCAGCGAAAUGAAAUUGUGAUUGGGUACCGCCUUGCAACUGCAGAGCGCGCUAUAAUUAACCCUCCUGAGAAGUCGAAACUGAAAAAAUGGUCCCUCGAUGAUGUCUUCGUAGUCAUCUCCUUAGGUGAAUGACAGUGCCGUAGCAUUAAAUAUACAGGAUCAGUUCUCUCUUAACUCCAACUCCAACUCCAACCCCGCCAGAAUUCUCUCCCUUGAUCCCUGGUAGGUACUUGAUCAAUUAUAACUCAAAACUUUCACUCUGCAAAUAAUUGACUGAUAUAUAUGAGUUGUAGAUCACAGGCUUUCAGAUUUUAGCUCUGAAAAAUAUGAUGUUGUACAAUUGUAACAUAUUAGUCAUUAUGAAAAGAAUAAGUUGAUUAUAUUCA